CCACCAAUGAUGAACCACCAUCAUAUCCAACAGAUCUGAGCAUACAAGAGAAGAUAACUUGUCCGGAAAAUCAACUACCAAAGGACUUUAGCAAUCCGUCCCGGUUCGAUGUAGAGUCUCCGAUACCUCAACCAAGUCAAUCAUUCGCCAUGUCCUGCUUACCGUUCUACCUGGGUAAGCAAUCGAAACCGGCAACUCUGGUGCCAGAAAACAAGUAUAUCAAUUCGGAAGGAAUCCCCAGUGAACAAUUGUCACCGAAGGCUAAAAGCCGGAACAAUGCGUCGGACAACACCCAUAACUGGGACCGGACAAAGUCAAGCCUAUUACGUUGCACCGAUCAAGUGAACCAGCCAAUCGAUAGACAGAAGAGUAAAAAACAACCGAACCAGAUGGUGUUGAACAGACGGCUGAAACAAAGGUCAUGGAGUUCAGUCGAAUGUCAUUUGGAGACAAGGGAGUUGUGGGAAAAAUUCAAUGAGCUCGGUACAGAAAUGAUCAUCACAAAGUCAGGAAGGCGCAUGUUUCCUGUCAUCCGCGUCUCGUUUACCGGUGUCGAUCCGGAUUCAAGGUACCUGGUUGCCAUGGACAUUAUCCCAGUGGAUACAAAGCGGUACCGUUAUGCCUACCAUCGAUCGAGUUGGCUGGUUGCCGGUAAAGCGGAUCCAGAGAUGCAUCUGCGUCAGUACGUUCAUCCUGAUUCCCCAUUCACUGGGGAUCAACUGGCGAAACAGACUGUAUCAUUUGAAAAACUGAAACUGACGAACAAUGCUUUAGAUCGACAUGGUUACAUCAUACUGAACUCAAUGCACAAAUACCAACCCCGAGUGCAUCUGAUUCGGAGCAAUUCGAUGGAUGAUUUUGGAAAGCUCUCAAUCAAGUCACUGGAUAGUUUCGACCCAGAAGAUGUGGAGACUUUUGAAUUUCCCGAGACGGUAUUCAUUGCCGUGACUGCGUACCAGAACCAGCUGAUAACCAAGCUGAAGAUUGAUUGCAAUCCGUUUGCCAAGGGGUUUCGCGAUUCGUCGCGGCUGACGGAAUUUGAAC